CUGACCACAAUAAAUGUGUCUUCUGACCUACAGAGUUGGAUACACGUCUGUGUCCAUUUCCUGCUGUUCAUCACGCUUGGGGUACUUUCAGAUACACUUAACGUCAACCCAGUGACCGAUGACAUCUCUAAACUCUCUGUUUUGAGACAAAAUAUUCCAAAAGAUUACAAAAUUCCUGUUAAGUACAUUCCAAACGACGAGGCUAGGAUGUGUUGGGUGAAAUUAAAUGUUUUCCCCUUGGAGCAGAGUUUAGAAGAUUUAUCCAAUAAGUUUGGAAACAUUUCUUCCAACAGAAAUGACAUUGAUAUAGUAAUCCACAUACUUAGAGAACUACGGUACAGAAUGGGUCCUUUGGACUCAAUCAUGUAUGAAUUUGAGUGCCACUACAGGAGAGAAUGGUGGAAAACAGAGCAAUACUUUGACUUUGUCGAAGACUUCCUCACAGAUGCACAAAAUAAUCACGAUUCAGAUGAUUGUGAUGUUCCACCAUGUCCGACCACACCACAGACAGUACCAACAGAAGAAUAUUCAGGAGGGUCACUGCCUCCCGACAGUAAAAUAGACAGCACAUCACCACAUACACAGCCAAGAUUUCUUCCUAAGGUUGUGGAGCAAGGCCUUCUCUCCUUGCUGUUUAUACCACUCCUUGCCCUCAUUUACCUCCUGGUGUGGAAGGUCAGAUCACGGAGAAGUAGGGAUGAUCAUCAACAGAAUUGUGAAGAAGAACACUUCACACGAGGGAAAGAUCCUGACCCAUCAGAAAACAUCGUGGUGAACGACAAUGAAACCGUGUAAAGUUCUGCUCUCCAAUAUACUUCAGCAUGAUUGGACUCUACUCUUCUCCUGUUUAUUCCAAAGGUUAAAAAGAGACACGAAGCAGCUGGCAAAGGUGAAAGGCUACUUUUGACUGCUCUCCAAGAUUCACAGUGCAAGUUAACAGUUGCCAUAACCACGAGUCAUCCAGUUAAAUCACAUCUGAUACUGUUUGGAUGUUUGCCUUUCCUAUAAGACUGCAUUAACCCUAUGAAAAUAAUUGAGAGAUGAUAGCUGAUAACCCCACCACCAUCCCCUCCACCAGGCCCUGGAUUCUCAGCUUCCCACUUAUCGUCGGUCAGAACCUGCUGCUUCUUCAAACCUUUGGGGAAAAAAACUUUGCAUAUUCGUCAGCACAUUCUUCUAAUCUGUCUGCCUCUUUGAGCCCACCAAUUCAUCUUUAAAGAACAAAGCCGAGAGUCUCUGAUGCUUGUAAUAUCUUAUCUGAACCAAGGCAUGAAUUACUACCUCCGGUGACCCUCAUGUUAACCACAUUCUUAAGAGGUUCUCAGCUUCCACCAAUUCCAGCGUUUCCCUAAACAACUAUGGUGUUAAAACAUGGUAGUUCCAGAGUCUAGUCACAUGGUCUGCUUAUAGUCUGUGCUCAAGGGGAUCUGUUGUGUAUUAUUUAUUGGUGGUGGUGGUUUGCUGCUGCUGGUUAUUUAGCCGAAAUGUUUCAAGCAAUCAUUUAAGAGCACCUUUACUAAUGGAUUACAUUUAAAGAGCAAUUUGUGUACUAACACAUUGUACCCCAAAAACCACACUCCUCUUCAACAAUCGGUAUUGUCUUGUGACGGUUUUUGGCAGACGUGAUUUGGGCAAUUUUGAAGGUGUGAAUGCAUUGCAUUAAAAAAGAAAUCAACUCAUGUAAAAGAAAUAUGCUGCUUUUACUAACUUACAUUCAGACUAUUGAAAUAUCCAAUGACAAUCAGCUGAUAAACCUCAGUGAUGACUUUGGGUGGAUCCAUAUUUUUUCAUUUCAAAGGUGAAUAAUUGUAAGCAUAGGCAUACAUGAACAUGAUUGGGACUCCCAUAGUUACUGUGAGCGCAACAAUGCCUUUAUUCUUUUUUAUGUAUCUCACCUGUAUGCUUUGCAGGGCACAGACUAUCUGUUGGGAGAUUUUGAUGGCCAUUCCUCUAUAAAAGAUAAACAAAUCCAAGACUUGAUUUAUAAAAAUAAAAAAUAAAAUAAAAAUACAUUUUUGAUAUAACGUUCGUUUUUGACUGUUUCACCAAUCCAAAUGUAGCCGUGAAUGAUACCGACCCCGGCUUACACUGUUCACCCACAAGCUUUUUACUCUCCCCACUGACUUUGCCUUUGCCCAGUUAUAGAGUUAUGCAUGUAUUGUAAAGUCCAUCCUAGAUAAACUGACACAGUUUAUAUGUCCAGAUUUACAUGCUGAUGAGAUGAAGAGUAAACGCUAAAGUUGAUCAAAUUUAUGGACUUCAGUUGUCUUCACUAUCCAUAAAGGUCAGCACAUGGAAAAACAAUGCAGACCUAAAUAUCAGUUUUGCCUUAAAGUUGUGUCAUAACACAUUUGUCAAGGGAAGUGUACCGUCACCUAUCGGUGGUGUGACUUUCUGAAACCAUGUGUUAGGGCCAUGUCAAUUUUAAAUGAACAGGCCUGUCCCUUCGUUUUUUUUCCAUCCUUUUUGCUUUCUUAGAUAUGAUACUUUAGUAACCAAAACUGGUCCCUGUUGUACAGUACGGUAGGAGGGUGAACAGGACACGCUGGCUGUGACCUUUCCCAUCAGGCAACUAGCUGAAACUGACAGGAGUGGCAAGAUACAUGAAUCUGUUUCUACUUUUAGUAUUUCUAUCAUAACUGUGGUCUUACAUUGUGCUAUGUCAAUUCUUGGUUUUGUGCCUUGUUUGCUUAGUGUGAUUGACUGGUGUGUGUAAAUGUGAACAACCUGUUUAUGUUUCCUUGUUGUAGCAGGUAUAAUCCCCCAGCCUCCUCAUCUAUUCACCAAGAGUGUAGUUGGCUUGACCUGUGACCAGUUAUGAUAAUUUCUCGGGUAAAACAUUGCUUUGGUAUGUGAAACUUGUAUCGGCAGAACAAAUCGCAGUAACAUUUCUGUUCCUAUUACACUUUAACCUUUGUAACUUUUAGGAAUCACUUUAUCUGGUAACUGCUUGUUUCCUGUGUAUUUGGGACUAUAUGUUGGGAUUUUGUUUUUCUAAUAGCAGACAAGAAUAUUCCUUGCAAAAUUGAAUUUGUGUUUUAAAAAAAGAAAAUGUAUACCACAUUGGUGUUCAUAUAGUUCAGUUCAACAGUACCUUUCAGCAUCAAUAGCUGGAACUUUUUGAUGUGGCAUAGUAUUGUUCAUUUGCAAAUAUUGCUGAAAAACUUUGAAAAAUGACACAUUAUUUGUGUCAUAUUCUGUAUUGCAGUUAAGAGCUGAGCGCAUUGAAGAAAUAUACCACAUUUUGUGUCCACAGUACUUAAGAAGGAAUGUCUGCACUUAUUACUGUGAUUUCAAAGCUUUUAGACAAUUAUAUUAUUGUUAAGAUGCAUUUCUGAGCAAUAUUGGAUUAUACUAUCUUUGACGGUUUAGACCUGAGACUCUUUCCUCCAAUAACUAUUAGGUAGUCCUUCUCAACACUAGGACCAUCACAGUGCAGUAUCCAGUAUUCUGACAGAGACACAGGUUAGUCUAGCCACAAACUAACAAACAAGGCAUACCAUGUCAAAUGUUGCUUUUUAUACAUAGUCUAUGAAUAUAUUGAGCUGUAACAGGUCUAAGCUGUGAACAAAAACAAAUAAAUAACAUGGUCUCCCAUUUUCCUGUCUAUGCCAGAGCCAGAAAGUCAGUAAUGCCUGAUGCAUGGAGGCCAGGAACCAAGCAAUUUCAUGCAUUAGUCAAGAGAAUGACUGCCUUUAAAUACUGUUCCUAUCUGGCUUGUUGUUGGGUUCGAGAGCGUGGAGAGCUGCAUCCAGAACAGUGCUUUUGGGCACGAGUAAUCCAAUCCAUUCCACUUAAGUGGGUAAAUCAAAUGGCUCUAGGCAGGAAAUAAGUGUGGGUGCCAAAAAAAGCAAAUGUAAUUAUUACCCGGUUGAUAUUCUGGGUGGAAAAACUCUACUGUAUUCUGUAUUUUUGUAUAAAUGUAAACAAACAUAUAUGAAAUAUGAAUAAAGUACAUGUAUCCAAGUCU